AAUCGUUACUGAGUAAACAAGAUGGCGUCCGGCAGCGGGUCCAGUAAGAAUGACUUCCGUAGGAAGUGGGAUAAAGAUGAGUAUGAGAACUUGGCCCAGAAGCGUCUGUCUGAGGAGAGAGACCGAGAGAGGAGAGAUGGGAAAAUCGCGCCGCCGGUCAAGCGGGACCUCCUGCGUCACCGAGACUACAAAGUGGACCUGGAGUCCAAACUGGGGAAGACCAUCGUCAUCACGAAGACCACUCCUCAGGCCGAGAUGGGCGGGUACCAAACACCUGCAUCAUCAUCAUCAUCAUCAUCACCACCACAGGAUGAGCCUCGCUCUGAUUGGCUGCUUGUCUUCUUCUCUUUCAGUUAUUACUGUAACGUCUGUGACUGUGUUGUCAAAGACUCCAUCAACUUCUUAGACCACAUCAACGGGAAGAAAC